UGUUUUGAUGGGUUUGUGUUUGUUUGUGUUUGGCGCAUUUUGUUCGUAACGGUGACUGAAUUUUCCCAAAAGGAUUUUCCGACUGCAACAAUGGCAGAAAAUCAUCGAGUAUUUACGGAGUACACAAUUCCCCAGAUACCCUUCUGCCGGCUUUGUCUGCAUAAGUUGGGGCUAUUGAGAAAAGUAACGCCGGAAGAUGAGAUAAGUUUUCUCAUGGAUAAGCACCUCGGGCUAUCGAUCCACGAAGCAAGCUACUUAGUUUGUGAGGAGUGUUGCAGGCAGCUCACUUCCUUUGGCUAUUUCUAUACAAAAGUCCAAGAAACAAUUGACAGCUUCCUGGCUGAUGUGCAGCAGAAUGCAAGAGUCCUCUACGAGACAUCUUCGGAAAACUUAAAAUCUGAAAACGAUUUAGAAGAUUUCAUAAGUAUUUCCCAGAUUAAACUCGAGCAUGAUAAUGACAAUGACGAAGAGGAAGAGCCAUUGAGGGGACCUGAAGAACCAGAAGAACUUCUUCAUCCGCAAGACGUUGGCAGGAAAGAGGAUGUGGUGAGGAGGAAAUCAACAAGAUUGCGCAGAACGAACCGCAGGUAUAUUCCUGACCAAACCACCUCUCAGAAGGUGGUUGGAACCAAGCGAAAAUCCAAGGAGACGUUGGAGAAUCAUCCAAAAAAGCCCCGGAACAGUUCCCAGAAUACAUCGAAGCAGUUUUCCAUACAAAACUCAUAUGCUUGGCCAUCAAAUCUAAAUCGCAAGGACUUCCCAGAGAAAAUUUACAAGAAUGGUCGUUAUUUAUUGCAUAAAAAGGACACCGUAGAGCUCAUUUCUAAAUUUUAUGACCUCCAGUGCAAGAUCUGUAAGAAACAUUAUAGAAACGUGACUUCAUUCCAGAAGCACAAUAGCACAGUACACAAGAAGACAAAACCCCUGUUUUGCAGCUGCUCUAUGGAAGUGAAGAACAGAAAAGAAGCAUACGUGCACAUGGUACAACACAUUCAGCCGGAUGCUCUAAGGUGUGAUACUUGUGGCCUUUUGGAAUCAAAUAUGUACAGACUUAAGACUCAUAAAACUAUUCAUCUUCCAAAAAUCUACAAAUGUGACAAAUGUCCCUCUGCGUUUGAAACUAAGAAAAAACUUCAGACACAUAAGACUCAACUUUGCAAAAAUUUGAAACAGAAAACCAAAAUCCGAUUUUCUUGCCACUACUGUGGAAAAUGCUUCUCCACAAAAAACACUGUAUAUCAACAUAUGAUCAGCAUACAUUUUAAAAAGUUAAAUUACAAGUGCACAGAAUGUGGAAAACAAUUUCUUAACAAGGCAAAACUUAAAUGGCAUCAGAAAAAAGAAGGUCAUGGCCUUCUGCACUGCACAGAGUGUGCAUUUACAGCGAUCAAGGAAAAGGAUAUGUGGCUCCAUACUACGAAAAAGCAUCCCAACAAAAUGAGUACGUAGUUGGUCGAUUUUUAAAAGUUAAAACGUAAAAAAAGAAUAAAAAUUUAAAACAAAAUUACUUAAGAAAUUCCCAAAUCGGCCUAAAAUGAAAUCGCAAAAUGAAGUUUUUUUUUUCAAAAAUUUGGUGAAGAUUUAUAUAUAUUUGAUAUUAAAAAAUAAAUUAAGUAAAUGAAUUAGAGAUCAAAAAUUGUUCUUUAUUCCUUGCAAAAAAAUGGCUUAGAACGAAUCACUGUAAUGUACGUUAUGCGACACCCCACUGUAACUCAUGUGGCAUUUGACAGGAAAUUGUUUUGAUUUGGGAUUGUUGUGUAUUUAUUAAAAUAAUGGUGAAAUAAAUUGAAAAAAAAAUACUAAAUUAUCCCAAAUGGACGUAAUAAAUUUUAAAGAAUCUUCUGAUGGAUCAUUUUGUCGUCUUUGCUUCACACGAGAAGGAAUCUUCCGGAGAAUCCACAACAGCGCUGAUGUUGAAGGAUUGAACAGCAGUAGCAUCAUCCCACAGCUUGUGGAGAAGCAUCUACAUGUUGAGAUCUACGAGGUUAGCUACCAAGUUUGUGAGGAAUGUUGCCAGCAACUUUACACCUUCGAAAAGUUCUAUUCAAAAGUUCACAGAAAAAACGAAUUAUUUCAUUCAGAACCUCAGCAUAAUGUAAGCAAUAUUAAGACUGAACCUCUGGAAGAUCCUCUUGGGGAUAAUUCCGGGGAUUCCGUUAGGAAUAUCGAAGAGAAAAAUCCCCACAAUCAGGACGAAGAGAAUACAGAUUUUUUAAGGAUAGUUAAAACAGAAUCAGGAGUAUUUUUACCUCAGGAAGAAACCUUUGUCAAGAGAAUAAAAGUUGAGGAAGAAUCUCCUGAUGAAGAUGAUUCUGCUGCUGAAUGUUCAAAGGAAAAGAGAUUUGUAUUACCAACGGAAGAUAGUGAGGGAUUGCCAAAAUCAAUUAAAUUGGAGAAUAUUUCCAAAUCAAUUGUUGAGAAUGGUCGAUUAAUUGUUAAAGGAAAGGAACUCAAGGCGCUCGUUAAUAAUUUCUACGAUCUCGAAUGUAAACUCUGCCACGAAAAGAACAAAUACAAGAGUCUCUGGAUCCUCUUUCAUCACUACUCAAAGGUUCACAAGCAGAAGGGUUACGUGGUGUGUUGCUCAAAGAAGAUGAAGACUCAGAAUACAGCCCUUAUGCACAUGGCACGGCAUCUACAACCUGAAGCAUUCAAGUGCGACAUCUGUGGCUACCUCGUGGCACGCCCUGAAUUCCUGGAGAACCACAAAAAGACUCAUCUACCCGAGGAGGAGAAACCCUUUGGGUGUGAUCAGUGUUCACAGCGUUUCUGCUGGCAACCCGCCCUGAAGAUGCACAAAUUGACGUACCACCCAAAGGAUGACCGGAAGCUCUUCCCCUGCCAGCAAUGUGAGAGGAUUUUCGUCCGGAAAGACGCUCUCAAGGAGCACAUGGCCAACAUUCACGAACAACGAGUGCAGCCCAAAGUACAAUGCACCGAGUGCAAGAAGUGGUUGGCAAAUAAAAAGUACCUCAAGCGACACAUGGCCAUUCACGCUGUACGCUACCCAAGUAUCAUAGAGAGUUCCAUCCGCCCGUGAAAAGAACUCUUUUUUUUCACCGAUUUUUUUGUCGGAAAAAUUGUAAAAUAAAUAAAUUAAUUUUCUUGUUUAAAGCACUUCACCCAAAAUCGUAUUAAAAGAUGGAAUUAUUGAGAAAUAAGAAGGUUUUCUUAUGAAGAACACACGCUUUUAAUAAAAAAAUUAAUAAACUUUAA